UUUGGCUUCGGUGGGAACGACUCACUCACACACUCAAACACACACCGCUGGACGAGGAAAGCAAGCGUGAGGGAGUACUGUCCGUGUGUUUUCAGCGGUGUUGCUUCAAGAGUCUAUUAGUGUUUUGGUACGUUGUCGGCGAGGGAGCGAUGGCCAGCACGGGACUCACGGCUCCAGUCUGCUUGGUUGUAGCUGUUGUGGUGAUGGCGGCGUGGCGUGGCGGGGCUUCCAACACCACACACGGCACCACAACGCCCCACAACCACACCAACGCCACUCGGGACCUGGCUGACAUGGCGACGAACUUCCGCUACAGUGUGUUAGGCGUCACUCACAAACUACGGGAGGAGGAGGAGAGAAAUAUGCUUGACGGGGACCAGGAAGACAGUGGUAGUGACGAGAGUGACACGCUACACGACACGCUACACGACACAAGGCAUUCCGUGGAUGGUGGUGUUUCCGCGGGCGUGAGGGCAGUGAGUGGAGCGCCCUUGAAAGCCCUUUACGAACUGUAUGCUUUGGUUUCCUACAUUGCCUCUGUCAGUGAUGGAGAGACAGACGAGUUAAAGGGAUCUAACACCACAUACACCAGCGAUAAGGAUGAUUUGAAUGAGAAGAAGAAAACUGGGACUACAUCUAGCUAUAAGAAACGUCUAAAUCUACUAAAGAAACCCGGGAGUGGGCAUUUAAACGCUCUAUACACCUUGCACUCCCUUGUAACAUACGUGAGAGGCGACACUGUGGAGUUUACCAAGGCCACAAAGUCACAAAGUAAGGGGAAGCACAAGAGAACCAUCGCAGAAUUGGAACAGCCAGCACAGUAUGGAGAGAACUACAGCGAGGCCGAGGAGGAGGAGGAGGAAGGCAAGGAGUCCAAAGACCUCUCGUGGUCCUUCUACGUGGUGAUUGCCGUGAGCGUGCUGGUGGUGGUGGCGUGCAAGGUGGCAAUAGUGGUGUGUGUGGUGCGCUUCUGUAGACGAGCAGUGUUUAGUUUUGGCUCCAAGCGGCCCAUUGUGAGAGGUAUGUGUAGCCCUGUCAGUUAGCGCCCCUUGCUGUGUUGGGCUGUGUUUGGCUGUGUUUUGGGUUUUUGGGCUGUGUUUAGCUGUGUUUGGCUGUGUUUUGGGUUUUUGGGCUGUGUUUAGCUGUGUUUGGCUGUGUUUUGGGUUUUUCGGCUGUAUUUAACUGUGUUUUGG